GUCCCGCCGGGUCCGGGCAGGCCGGGAGCUGCCGCUGGCAGAGCCGGCCCAGCCGGUACCGCCGGCCCGGAGCGUGUCGGGACAAGCGGCAUGGGAGAGCGGGGAGGGGGGGCCCGCGGGGACAAGCUGGGUGGUGGCGGGGGCUGUGGGAGCCUCUUGGCCCCCCCGGUGGCCCCAGCCCCCUCCCCACCCCCGCGCUGUUCCCCCCGUCCCCGCAGAGCUCAGCACCUCGGAGGAGAGCUCCCUGUCCGACAGUGCCCUGCUGGAGGAGGAGGACACGCGGCCGCUGGGACCUGUUACCCCGCAGGCGUCCCCGUCUCCCCAGGAGCCCCCCCAGGAGGGGGUCUCGGGGCUGCCCUCCAGCCCCUGGCGGGAGACCAGCCUGGAUGGACCCUAUGAGAAGACCAAGAAACCACCGAGCGGUGACCCCGGGGAUGGGGACAACAACCGGGGGUCGCGGGGCUACCCCGGGUCCUCCCCCUCGGCCGCCCCCGGCAGCCCCGGCCCCGGAGCCUCCCCGGUGGGCGGGGGGGGCGGGGAGGUCCCUCCCUAUCGCUUCGUCCCCGUCAGGACCCUGGUGCUGUGCCGGCAGGUGGGAUCCAGUGCCCCCAGCACCCCGGAGCCCCCCGGCCGGAGGGGACAGUCCCAGAGCCUCAGGGUGGAAUCCUGCUGGCAGCCCGGGGAGCCGCGGGGUCGCAGCGCCGUCCCCCGCCGCCGCCCCACCUAUUACACGGUGACGGUGCCCGCCUCCUGCAUCCCCACGCCGGGCCCCAGCUGCCACUCGGGCUCCGACGACAGCAUCUCCGACCUCUCCAGCGUCUCCCACGCCACCUCCCCGGGCAGCAGCAGCCCCGACGUCUCCUUCGCACCGCCCGCCCCCCAGCAGCUCCCACCGCCCCACGCCGAACCCACUUACUACCCUCGGGCUGCCCACCGUUUCCUGGCCCCCCCCGGCCCCCCGCCUUUCCUCUACGAGCAGGAUUUGGCCCCUUUACGCUACCAGCGCCUGGUGGCUUCCCACAGCCGCAUCGUCCGCACCCCCUCGCUCAAGGACUACGCCCCGGCGGGGGGCCGGGGGCUCUCCAAGGCCACUGUCACCGAGGAGCUGAAGUCCUGGCACCAGCGGGCCCGGCUGCGGGGUGCCCCCCGUCCCCACUCCCUCGACAGGCAAGGAGCCUUCCGGGGACCUCGUGGUGGGAACAUCAGGGACAUCCCCAUCACCUUGGGAGUCCUGCCACGGGCUCAGGCCACCUCGCUCCAGAUCCUGCGGCGUGGCCCAGACGCUGUCCCUGUCCCCGUGCAGGUCUACGUGCCUGAGAACGGUGAGAUUGUCACACAAGUGUAAGCCUGGAGACACCCCCUCCCCAAAGCCCCCCCGGGGGGGCCCAGCCUGGCUGGCCCAGGGACAAUGGGGACUGGGUUGUCCCAUGCCCCCCACACCCCAGCAGCCCUGGGGAGCACGGGGUCGGGACAAGGUGGCUGGGGCUGGUGUCCCCUCACUGUCACGGUGACCCCAAUGCUGAUGGUGCCACCGUGACCCCGAUGUGACAGUGCCACCAUGGUUGG